GCCCGCCGCCCCUUCCCUGCUGCUUUCGGUUUCUCCCAGCUGACAGCCGGCUGCCCAGCCAUGGGCACCGUCUACAACAGGACCACAGAACCGGAGGCGUCCCGCCGCCUGCCGUCGUUUUUGUCGCGGUUUUUCCCAGAUGGCGGCCGGCGGCCCGGCCCGGCCAUGGGGAACCGCCCCGUCUACAGCCGGACCACAGAACCGCAGGCGUCCCGCCGCCUGCCGUCCUUUUUCUUGAGGUGUUUUCCAGCUGGGAACCGGCAGCCCAGCCCGGCCAGGCAGAACCGCCCCGCCUACAACCAGACCACGGAACCGCAGGCGUCCCGCUACCUGCCGAGCUUUUUCUUGCGGUGUUUUCCAGCUGGGAACCGGCAGCCCAGCCCGGCCAGGGCGAGCGGCUCCGCCUACAAGCCGACGGCGCAGCGGGAGGCGAAGACGCCCCGCCCGCCUCCCUUGUGCUUUCGUUUUUGUCCAGCGGGGAGCCGGCGGCCCGGCGCGGCCAUGGAGAACGGCGGCGUCUACAACGCGACCACGGAACCCCAGGCGAAGGCGGCCCGCCGCCGGCCCCUGGGCUGCACCCUGCGGCGCCUGCGGGGAUGGCGGCUGCCGGUCAAGGCGGCCCAGACGAUUUUCUCUUUUGUGGCUGUUGUUUGUGAAGAAGUUGUGGACGAUUGCAUCAUUUGUGGUGGACUUUACUUCUUUGAAUUCAUAAGCUGCAGUGCCUUUCUUUUGAGCCUCCUGAUUCUGUAUGUGUAUUGCACUGAUUUUUAUGAAUCACUGGGGGAAGAGAAAGUGAAGAAACUGAAUUUUUGGGCUGUGCUGGUCAUAGGUGCCUCGUUUCUGUUAGCAUCAAUAGUGUUUUCUAUAACCUGCUCUGACUCUGCUGCUGAAAGUGCUGCAUAUAGCACAUGUGGGCAACACUGACUUGCACAAUUGCAAUAAGAGCAGCAGAUUCCUCAGUGACAGAAGUAGUAGAGCAACAGGGCAUUCAUCUCCUAGGGAACACUCAGGACGCUCAGGGCAAGGCACUAAAGGGGCUUUUGGGAUGCUGUGGAUGUCAUAAUUCCCUAGCCAUUUGAAUACUUCUUUUGAGUAACCUUGGAAUUGUGAACAUGUGAGUUUAAAAGAUCAAAUUCUUAAAUGAGAAAAAAUGAUUUGGUAAAAAAAAGCAAGAUAAUUCUGUUCCACAGCAGCAUCAGCUAUUAGAGAUACACACUUUUGUAAAGUCAUCUUAAGUGAUGUAGAUCUAUUUAGACCUAAUUGUUUGAGCAUAAAUCAGGUGUCAGCUUUGCUUUUUCUGGUACAGAAAAAAUAAAAACUACUGUGAUCGAAUACUUAAAAUGUCAAAUACUUAAUGUCAAAUGACUUUGGUCCAAACCAGUUGUGCAAAAUUUAGGUAGGUAGAGUGAAAAUAAUGCAUAUGUUUCUUUCCUUGUUUGAAAAAAAGCUGCCUUCUCUUUACCACUUUUUAUCUUGCCAUGACUGGUAACAAAAUGUCAUUUACAAAAUGUUAUUUCAGUCUCCCUUGCUGGCCAGGCUCUGCAGAUCUUCUCUUCCUUCACCUGUGUGUUAUUAUUCUUCAUUUACUCUCAUCAAUCAACAGCCCUCUCUUGAAUAAAUAGUCUGCUAUAUGCUAUGCUACUUUAAUAACUGAUUUUGGCAAUGCAACUAAUAUACUUCUGCAAUUAAAGGUUGAUUAGAACACAGUAUAAGGUUCACACUUGAUUAAAAGAAUGAAAACUGUAAAAACUAAAACAAUGAAUGUGCUAGAACGAUGAUUUCUGAUCUGUGUCUAAUUUAAAUGUAACUAUUGAUUUAAGGAGGACUGUAAUCUUAAUAUUACAAGCAUUAUGAAUGUAUAUACAGUGGUACAGUGAAUCUUUCCAAACAGUGUUAGAAUAAAUACUGUUACUGUUUAUGAAUUUUGAAAUCACAUA